UUUCAUUGGGAAGGCCUCGCGGAGUUCCCCACUGUUUUGAGCGGGAUUGGAGUCCGGCAGGGAACGGGUUAAGGAGCGGAGGGUCCACUGUUCCUCCUCUCCGCAUCGCCAUGAUGAACAAAUGAACUCACGGGGAAUGAAAUUUAAAUUCCGCAAAGGAGAAAAGGUGCUGUGCUUCGAACCCGACCCGUCCAAGGCCAAAGUGCUGUACGACGCGAAGGUGGUCGACAUUGUAGUUGGAAAAGAUGAGAAGGGCAGCAGGCGGGUCCCGAAGUAUCUGAUUCACUUCAAUGGUUGGAACAGGAGCUGGGAUCGCUGGGCUGCAGAGGAUCAUGUUCUCAGAGAUUCGGAGGAAAAUCGGAAAUUACAACGUAAACUGGCACGCAAGGCUUUGGCUCGCAUGAGGAGGAAGGGAUGGAGGAAGCGACGUUGUCGUUUGCCUGGUGUUAACUCUGUGCUGAAAGGCUUACCUGAAGAGGAAAAGGAGGAGAGCGACGAUGCUUCUUUGAUCUCAUCAUCUGAUGACAGCGGCGAGGACGAUUCCGAUCCAGAGUCUUUAAAAAGUGAGAGCGAGUCAUCUGAGGAUUUGGACGAAAUGAGGGAAGAGCAAGAGACACAUGCCAAGAGGGAGAAUGAGGAUAAGACCAUCGCUAUAAACAUAGACAUCCCUGAAGUCCUUAAGAAGAAGCUGGAGGAGGACUGCUAUUACGUCAACAAGAGAAAGAAGCUUGUGAAGCUCCCGAGCCCGAUGAACAUAGUAAACAUUCUGGAGUCCUACGUGAAACACUUCACUAUAAAUGCUGCCUUUUCUGCCAACGAGCGCUACCGGCACCCUCAGAGCUCAACACAGGCCAACCUGAACCCGCACUAUAUACCACCAGAGAAGAAUGAGGAGCUUUGUAAGGAGAUGGUGGAUGGCUUGAGGAUCACCUUUGACUUCACGUUACCUUUAAUCCUCCUGUAUCCCAACGAGCAGGCUCAGUUCAAGAAAGUCAGCUCGUCCAAAUUCUUUCAGCCGAUCAAUGAUGGUGCAGGAUGCUCGACCAGAAUUCUUCGGGAGCGCUCUCCAAGCCCCGGCCUGAAUCCCUCCACCCCUCAAUCCACAGACAGCCAGCCUCCUCUCAGCGAGACGUCCACCACCCCGGUUACCGCGGCGACCACACCAAAGCGCCGACGCUGCACCUAUCCCGACUCGGACAUGCAGUCUCUCAGACGCUCCACACGCAACACCUCUGGAGGAGACCGGACCACUGAAGGAGGAGGAGGAGGAGGAGGGGGCAGCAGCAGCAGUGCUUCACCCCAGCCCAAACGCAGGCUCUCUGAGGCACCAACACCACUGCCCAAAUUCUUCCUCAACCUGGAGAAAAGAACUCCGGUCCACAGUGGCUCCUCGUCUCCGCUGCCCCUCACACCGAGUAAGGAUGGUAGUGGAGUCUUCUCAGGGCUGGAAACUCGCCGCAACAACGAGCUGAAUGAAGUCCUGAGCUGGAGACUAACGCCUGACAACUACCCCCUGAGUGAUCAGCCUCCUCCGCCGUCAUACCUGUACGGCUCUCAGCACCUGCUGCGGCUAUUCGUGAAGCUUCCAGAGAUCCUUGGGAAGAUGCACAUGCCUGAGAAGAACCUGCGGGCCCUGGUGAAGCACUUGGAGCUUUUUCUCAGGUUUUUGGCUGAGUUUCAUGAGGACUUCUUCCCCGAGACUGCAUACGUGUCGGCCACCGAAGCCCAUUACUGCAUGAAGCAGCCGCGGCCAGUCUGCUGAAGGACCACCUCUCCUAUGGAGCGCCCCCUUCUGUCCUGCAUCUUCAUUUUGUCUGUCAUCUGCUCUGCUAACAACUGCCGAAUGCGCAGUCAUCCUUUUUUUUUUUUUUUUUUGAUUUUUCGGCAGCUCCUCGAGGCGUCUGGAGUGUCACCAGCUUGCAUUUUGAUUUUUUUUUUCUUGUCGGCAGGAUGACUGCAUUUGCUUGCUUCCUUUCUUUUUUUUAAUUUUGGUUUUCAUUUUUUUGCUUUGAUAUUUGUGGACAUAGUGGCUUAAAAAUGGACACCCUCGCCUUGGUUUUCCCCUGUUUUGGGAGCCAGAGGGAGGUCACUAUCUCUCCGGCAGUUGUUCCAGCAUUUCGCUCUGCCUCCUACUGCUCAGCAACUGUAUCUGUACUUUACCUGCCUACUUCAGCUUAGGCCCUUAAUAAAGAGGACUUCAUUCGGACGUCCGUUAAACAUGAACUUGAAGAAGAAGAAGAUCUGUGUACAAGUCAUGCAAGUCAACCUAUUCCGGCAAGCUGGGACUGUUCUGAUUUAGGUUUUUUUUUUUUUUGUUCCCUGCAAUGUUGAUUAUUGUCGUUUAAGCAAGUGUUGAUGUGUUCGAUGUCCAUUAUACCAUUGUUGUUACGUUUUGAAGGAAUCUGAUGUUCUCUAUUGUGCAAGAAUUACCACAGUAAAAGGACUGAAGUAGGAGCAGGCCCUCCAUCCUUGUAAUUUAUUUGGAUGCAAGAAAUACAAAAUCAGAUCAAUAUGAUUGAUCAGCAUUCUUUUUCAAGUAGGGCUGCAUGAUAUAGGGGGGAAAAAAAUAACAUUGUGAUAAUUUGCUAUUCUGUUAAUUUACUGUAAUUAAAAAAACAAAAACAAUAUUGGACUAAAAUAAACAUGCUGGACAUAUAUAA